CCGAGUCUUACAAUGUGCAAUUCUGUAUUCAUUCGCUUGAUAUUAUACCCUCUCUGUAUGUAACCCUGCUUGUUUCUCUCUCUCUCUCUCUCUCUCUCUCUCUCUUUCUGCAGUCUGCCCCUUAUCCUCAGCCCUCCUCUAAACCCCUAUCAUCCUCCGUAAAAAUGUCUGCCACAGCAACUUAUACCUUCAAGCCUCUAUCAAGGGCAGACUCAUGCCUUCUGUCACUCCCUUCCAUUUUUACUUCAAAACCUCCCUACCAAUGUCUCUCAGUUCCACACAGACCCAUUAAGCUCCGCCUUUCAUACUCCUCUUACUCCCUAUCAUCUCUUUCUCUCAAACCCAAAACCCAUUUUUGUUCCUUUAUUACCUUUGUAGCCCAGACCUCUGAUUGGACCCAGCGAGAAGAGGAAGGCGACUCUACAAUCACUCUAACAGAAUCAGAACAAGAAGAACCGACAUGGGAAAAUAAAGCAAGUGAUGGCGCUGAAGCCCAAGUUUCUGAUUGGGAGGCUGACGGAGAAGAUGCAGUGGUGGAGGCGGUCGGGAGUGAUGGAGAGAGUGUCAAAGAAGGGGGUUUUGAGGAAGCUGACACAGAGGAGGGCUUUGUGGAGCCACCUGAGGAUGCGAAGAUUUUUGUGGGGAAUUUGCCUUAUGAUGUCGAUAGUCAGAAGUUGGCUAUGCUAUUUGAGCAGGCUGGAACUGUUGAGAUUGCUGAGGUUAUUUACAACAGGGAAACUGAUUCAAGUCGUGGAUUUGGGUUUGUGACUAUGAGUGUCGUAGAGGAAGCAGAGAAGGCUGUGGAGAUGUUUCAUCGCUACGAUUUAAAUGGAAGACUCUUGACCGUCAACAAGGCUGCUCCUCGAGGAUCAAGGCCUGAACGCCCCCCUCGUGUGUAUGAACCAGCUUUUAGGAUCUAUGUGGGUAACUUGCCAUGGGAUUUAGAUAAUGCUCGCUUGGAGCAAGUUUUUAGUGAACAUGGUAAGGUGGUGGAUGCUCGAGUAGUUUAUGACAGGGAAACUGGCCGUUCACGUGGUUUUGGCUUUGUAACCAUGUCCACUGAGAUUGAGUUGAAUGAUGCUAUAGCGGCACUUGAUGGACAGACUCUUGAUGGAAGGGCAAUCAGAGUAAAUGUUGCUGAAGAAAGACCAAGACGCAACUCCUUUUGAUGUGAUAUGGUUUAGAUACAAGUUUCUUGGUGGUGUUUUCUGCUCUUUUUCCUCUGUAUUUUUUUGAACGGGUGAGUUCUAUAGCAUCAUUUUUUUUUGUUAGCUAGUUGUAUGGUUGAUUUCCACCGGUUAUAAAGGUACCCAAAAAUUGCUUCACGUUUUAAAAUUUGUUGCUCAAGUUGACAGUACAGUAUAAGUUAUGAGAGAACUCUUUGUAAUUUUCUCUCAAGUAAAAUUUAUGACGCUGAGACAA